AUGAGAUAUCAGGGGAUUAAACCGGGUCCGGUUACGUUGCUGGAGAUGCUGAGUGGUGUUUCCGAGAUUACGCAGUUACAGUGUUUACAUGCCUUUGCGGUGGUUUAUGGGUUUGAUUGUGAUAUAUCUGCGACGAACUCAAUGUUGAAUUUGUACUGCAAGUGCGAUCGUGUCGGAGAUGCUAAGGAUUUGUUUUAUCAGAUGGAGCAACGAGAUAUGGUUUCAUGGAACACAAUGGUUUCAGGAUUUGCUUUUGUUGGUAAUAUGAAUGAAAUCUUGAAGCUUUUGUGCAGAAUGGGAGAUGAUGGUUUAAGACCUGAUCAUCAGACAUUUGGAGCCUCACUUUCCGUCUGCGGAACAAUGUGUGAUCUUGACAUGGGAAGAAUGUUACACUGCCAAAUUGUGAAUACUGGUUACGAUGUAGACAUGCAUCUCAAGACGGCAUUGAUGUCUAUGUACCUAAAGUGCGGUGAGGAGGAAGCUUCGUUUCGAGUAAUCGAAACCAUUCCUUAUAAGGAUGUUGUUUGCUGGACGGUCAUGAUAUCAGGACUUGUCCGGUUGGGUAGAGCGGAAAAGGCUCUGAGUGUUUUCUCGGAGAUGUUAGAUUCAGGAUCAGAGAUAUCGAGUGAGGCAAUAGCUAGUGUUGUAGCAGCUUGUGCUCAAUUGGGUUCCUUUGAUCUCGGCUCUUCACUCCAUGGUUAUGUACUGAGGCAAGGAUAUUACUUAGACACUCCUGCGUUGAACUCUCUUAUCACAAUGUAUGCAAAAUGCGGCCAUUUGGAUAAAAGUUCAUUUCUUUUUGAACGGAUGAAUGAAAGAGACUUAGUUUCUUGGAAUGCAAUUAUCUCCGGACAUGCCCAGAACGGAGAUCUGUGUAAGGCGUUGCUAUUGUUUACAGAGAUGAAGUUCAAAACUCCGCAACGAGUUGAUUCAUUGACGGUUGUUUCCCUUUUACAAGCCUGUUCAUCAGCUGGAGCUCUCCCGUUAGGGAGACUUAUACACUGUAUUGCAAUCAGAAGCUUUAUCAGACCUUGCGCCUUGGUUGAUACGGCUCUGGUUGAUAUGUAUGCGAAAUGCGGCUACUUAGAAGCUGCACAGAGCUGUUUCGAUUCGAUCUCGCGGAAAGAUUUUGUCUCGUGGGGCACACUCAUUGCAGGGUAUGGUUUCCAUGGUAAAGGGGACAUUGCUUUGGAGAUUUACUCAGAGUUUCUUCGCUCUGGAAUGGAGCCGAAUCACGUGAUUUUCUUAGCGGUUCUCUCGUCUUGCAGCCACAACGGAAUGGUUCAGCACGGUUUGAAGAUAUUCAGUUCAAUGGUUAGAGAUUAUGGUGUUGAACCCAACCACGAACACCUUGCUUGCGUGGUUGAUCUUCUAUGUCGAGCUAAAAGAGUAGAAGAAGCGUUUAAGUUCUACAAAGACAACUUUACAAAACCAUCAAUCGAUGUCUUGGGGAUAAUACUUGAUGCUUGCCGUGCAAAUGGGAAAACAGAGGUCGAAGAUAUAGUUUGUCGGGAUAUGAUUGAGUUGAAGCCAGUAGAAGCUGGACAUUACGUUAGGCUUGCACAUUCUUUUGCCGCCAUGAAGAGAUGGGACGAUGUGAGUGAGUCGUGGAAUCAGAUGAGGUCUCUCGGCUUGAAAAAGCUCCCUGGUUGGAGCAAAAUCGAAGUGAACGGGAGAAUCACAACUUUCUUCAUGAAUCAUACUUCACAUUCAGAUGAGACAGCGUCUGUGUUGAAAUCUCUUAGCAAGGAAAUGAAGCAAAUCCGUUAA